AUGGACGAUUUGGACCAGGUUGCGGAAGAAGGACACUAUGAAGAUGAGGACACACGGCCGACCAGCCGCAAAGAGCUGUGGGGAUGGUACUCCUACGGUUGGGCUGCAGAGGUCUUUGCCAUCUGCGCUAUGGGCUCGUUCCUUCCCAUCACUCUCGAGCAACUCGCUAGAGACCGGGGCGUGCUAUUGAGCGACAAGAAGACGCCGUGUAAUGCAGGUUGGCAGAACGGAGGGGAUACCAGUCCCGCCGGCCGCACUGUCUUCGAUCUUCCCAAACACCGGCAUAACGAACUGCCACCUUGCGUGAUAUAUGUUCUUGGCGCGGAGAUCAACACAGCCAGCUUUGCCAUGUACACCUUCUCCAUCAGUGUGUUGAUCCAGGCGCUGCUCAUCAUCUCCAUGUCGGCAGCAGCGGACCAUGGCCGCUUUCGAAAGACCUUUCUGCUCGUCUUCGCCUUUACUGGAGCCACUGCCACAGCGCUCUUCAUCGCAGUGGUCCCAAAGGUCUAUCUCCUUGGCGCCCUCCUUGCGAUGAUCGCCAACACGUGCUUCGGCGCAUCCUUUGUUCUCCUCAACUCUUUCUUGCCGUUAUUGGUGCGGUAUCACCCUUCUAUUGACCACGGCAGAAGUCGUGGGGAUCUGCUGCCUGACGAUGUGAGGCGGCGUGAGGAUGAUGAAGGCUAUGAUGAGCCGGAGGAUGAUAACUUGGCCAGCUCCACCUCAGCUCUGUUGCCUCGCGAUGUGUCAAAUGAGACACCUUCCACAGCAGUGAUUUCACCGGAGCUGAAACUGUCGACAAAAAUAUCUUCGAAUGGGAUUGGCAUUGGGUACAUUGCCGGCCUAUUUGUUCAAGCUGUCGCUAUUCUUAUUGUGGUGGCGACUGGAUCGACCACGUUUUCUCUACGCCUUGUUCUCAUGGUGGUCGGCUUGUGGUGGUUUGUUUUCAGCAUUCCGGCCGCCUUAUGGUUGCGGCCGAGACCAGGGCCACCACUGCCCACCGAGUUAACGGGACAUUCGGGAUGGGUCGGCUACGUGACGUACGCAUGGAAAGCACUAUUCAAGACCAUCGGACAUGCUCGGCGACUCAAGGACCUAGUCAUUUUUCUUUGCGCGUGGUUCUUACUGAGUGACAGUAUUGCCACCGUGAGCGGGACUGCGGUACUCUUUGCGAAGACGAGUCUCGGGAUGAAAACAGAAGCGCUAGGCCUCAUCAACGUUAUUGCAAUGACGGCAGGGGUGAUUGGCGCAUUCUAUUGGAGCUUUGUCUCGCGAGUCUUCAAUCUUUCAGCCUCUCGGACUAUUGUGGCUUGUAUAUGUUUGUUUGAAAUCAUUCCGCUGUACGGACUCCUCGGGUUCAUUCCUGCCAUCAAGCGGUAUGGAGUCUUUGGGCUGCAACAGCCAUGGGAGAUGUACCCACUGGGGGCCGUCUAUGGGUUUGUUCUCGGCGGACUAUCUUCAUAUUGUCGAGCAUUUUUCGGUGAACUAAUCCCUCCUGGGUUCGAAGCAGCAUUCUAUGCGCUUUAUGCCAUUACGGAUAAGGGUUCCAGCAUUUUUGGUCCAGCUAUUGUUGGCGCAAUCACGGAUCGAUAUGGAGAAAUCAGACCGGCGUUCGUGUUCUUGGCAGUGCUCAUUUUUCUCCCGUUGCCACUGAUGUUGCUGGUUGAUGUGGAUCGGGGCAAGGCCGAGGCAUCCACGAUGUCCCUAGAGCUGGAAGGGAAGCGUCAAGAAAUUGAUAGGGACGCGAGAUACACCGCAAUCCCUACGAUAGUUCUCUCGGAAGAAGAGGACUGA